AUGCAGCGUGGUCCAUCCGGGUAUGGCCUCGGCGGCUCACCCGCGUACGGCGGCCCUUCAAAUGCUCCAGACUCCAGCGGUGGAAGCGUCCUCGAGCAGGUCCGCCAUUACACGAGCAAGGUGGAAGAUGUCCUCGACACCUUCAGCGAGCCCAUCAAGCCCUACCUUCCCGCUAUUGGCCGCUUCCUCAUCGUCGUCACGUUCCUCGAAGACGCCUUGCGCAUCAUGAUGCAAUGGACCGACCAGCUUCUCUAUUUGCGAGACUACCGUCACAUUCCCAGCGGGCUUACUCACAUUUUCCUCCUCGUCAACGUCAUCGCCAUGACGAUUUGCUCCAUACUGGUCAUUGCCCGAAAGCACUCUGAUUAUGCGGUCGCCGGUCUCAUGGGCGUCGUCGUCACCCAGGCUCUUGGUUACGGCUUGAUUUUUGACCUCAACUUUUUCCUGCGUAACCUGUCCGUCAUUGGCGGCCUUCUCAUGGUUCUUUCUGAUUCGUGGGUGCGCAAGACCAAGGCUUUCGCUGGACUUCCUCAGAUCGACGAGAAGGACCGCAAGAUGUACUUUCAGCUGGCCGGACGUGUCUUGCUUAUUUUCCUCUUUGUCGGCUUUGUCUUUACCGGCCAGUGGUCGAUCUGGCGGGUUCUCGUCUCCCUCCUCGGCGCGGGUGCCUGCGUCAUGGUUGUCGUCGGGUUCAAAGCCAAGUUCAGCGCCACUCUGUUGGUGGUCAUACUGAGCAUCUUCAACCUUUUCGUCAACAAUUUCUGGACACUUCACGAGCACCAUCCUCACAAGGAUUUUGCCAAGUACGACUUUUUCCAGAUCCUCUCCAUCGUCGGCGGUCUUCUGCUCCUUGUCAACAGCGGCCCUGGCCAGUUCAGUAUCGACGAGAAGAAGAAGGUAUAUUAG